UGGUGUCAAUUUGUGUCAUGCAAAUGUCAACAAUAAAAUUAAAAGCAGAGGAAAAAAAGCCUUUUCUAAAGCACCAUUGAAUAAGUGACGACGCAAAAACUAUACAAAUUACGUUACAAAUAACGAAAGAACGCAUCUAAUAUCUUUUUCCCAUAAACAUUUAUAUACAAGAGUUGAAAUUUUCUUGUAACAGUGAAAUACAUUUUCGAAUUCUUCGCACGCUACUAUGGCCCAUUAUUUUAGAAUCGUGUUAUUUGUUUUGGCAUUUCUGGCAAAUGGAGUGUAUCCAUUGCAACUGUUUUUGACCAACAAUGGCCCAGCUGUACGUGGUUCCAAAAUAACAUUUACUGCGACAGUUCCAGAUUUCACUGAUGAAAAUAUAAAAUUUGUUUUUACUGAUAAUGCACAGCCGCAACACAUAAAAACGUUUGAGAAUUCAACGGACAAAAUAAACUGGACUGUGGAGUACCCACGGAGUUUGUAUGAGGCUGGAGAAUACACUGCCACUGUGGAGUUGAUGAGAAGCUACUUCGGGUUUUGGAUACGGGAUAAUGUAGCAUCUUCUACGUUUAAAUUAACAGAUGCACUGAAUGGAAAUUUGAUACUGAAUCAAAAUAAUUCAACUCUUCAGAGCCAUUUUGUGUCCGUAAACCAGACAGUGACUCAUUAUGUUGUCUUGCCUGAUAAUGAGCUGGAGUUUCUGAAAGAAAAUGCAUCGAGAGUGGUCACGUACUGGUUUAAAGAUUGUAUGUACGUAGACCAGACUACGGACUUUAAAUUGAACCUGACAUACAACGAUGCAAUGUCCGAUCAUUACAUAGAAGCGUUGGUUGUUGCUGAUAACGAGCCACUGCCGCCGAUAACGACAACGACUACGACAACGACUACUACAACAACUACUACUACUACUACUACCACUACGACUACUACAACUCCUAAACCACCAAAGUCAACAGAAGCACCUAAAAUAUCAACAUCAACGAUACAGCUUCCAACAUCUACUGAGAAGCAAAUAUUAAAUGACACUCUAGCUGUCCAAAGAUCAAAGCGUAGUGUAUCAAAUCACACUGCAAAGCAGAAAAGUGCCCCCCUAGAUUUCAUUUGCUACAACACUAGUUUUGUGCCCAUAAGCGAAAAAAAUGUUUACGGACAUUAUCAGGAAACGUUGAGUGUUAGAGCUCCAGUUUCCACGAUCAACAUUACCGGACUGAAUUGGCUGCAGCGUGGCGAGCUAUUGCACCUUCAGAUAAAGUACACAGGCAGUCCGCCCUUCGACUACUGUGUACAGUACAAGCAGGGCCAGUACAAUAUCACUGGGAACGAGACCUGUACAGCCAAAGCCAGGACGAUAGCGAACAACUUCUCCAUCAUCCAUUACUUCUCGGGCAGUGACCAGCAUACAGUUGUGGUGAUCAUAGAGAACGAAGUCACUAAAGCUGUCCAGAGAGCUACUAUAAAUAUUUACAAAGCGAAGGUGCACGCUCAGUUAUCCGUGAUCGUGGUGCCUGUGGUGUUCUGCCUACUCGCUGUUAUCCUGGUGGUGUUUGGAAUGGCGUAUUAUCAGCACCGUUCGAGGUACACGAUUGAGGUCGCCGACUUCGAUUUCGGCCAGGCGCAUUUAGACUACAAGACGUUCUCGGAACGGCUCAGAGACAGCUUCAGAAAUGCCUUGAACUUCAGGCAAGACGACACAGAUCCCAUCGUCACAAAUACAAGGUACGACUCCAUGACAUAAACUGGGAGUGAGCUGAUAGCCUCAAUGACUGGAGAGCCGUCAUGUCAUAUUAAGUGACCUUUGGGUGGAGUGCAGGCCAAAAAAACUGUCUUAAGUUAACUUAGGCACGUAUCAUAGAACGUCACUCAAAAACUGCAGCUACUUAAUCAUUAAAAUCCAACACAUGUGAAUCCAUGUUGGAAUUUAAAUUGUUUUUUGAGUGCUGUUCCAAAAUACGGGCCUACUAGUUGUUGUUUUUUUAUUAUUAUUAUUAUGCAAUUCUGUAAAAUGCUUUGGGGUGUAUUAUAAGCUUUUUGGAAUUAUGCAUACAGUCCGAUCCAACUUAUUAGAUAGGUCUUUACAGGGUGUUAGGUAAAUGGGUAUAUGAGCCGACACUAGCCCAUGUUAACAUGGUCAUAUAAAUGGUAUGGUGAAGUCAGAAAAUUUAUAUCUUAAUUUUAAUUAUUUUAUUUUUCUUACAAAUCGGAUUUUAUAAAAAAUUUUUGUAUGAAAAUUAAAAAAAAUAAAAUGAUAUCAAAUUUCUGACUUCACCAUACCAUUUAUAUGCCCAUGUUAACAUGGGCUAGUGUCGGCUCAUAUACCCAUUUACCUAACACCCUGUAUAUUGCUGUAAUAAAAAUCAAUUUGUAUAAAUCAUAUUUACUAAUUAUAUUAUAUGUAUUAUAAUUUAUUGUAUAAUGACGUCUAUAUUUUGUCGUUAUUAAUUUUUCAAGCGACAAAACAAAAACUAGUCUUACAAAAAUGUACUUUUCAAUGCAUGCAUUGCCAUUGUGUUUUGACAUAAAUAUUAGUUUAACGAAUAAAAUAUUAUCUGAAAUAGACGUAGAAUAUUGGUAUUCGUCCAACGUUACCACGUCGAUCUGUCUUAUUUCGUUUCUUUACAAUUGCAUGGUUUUUUUCGGCGAAUCGUUCAAUAUUGUUAUUUAUUUUGGUUUGUUUUGUAUUUCAAAUGGCACAACUUUAAAUAGCUCUUAUCAACUAAUAAGAUGAAAUUCGAUUUGAAUUUUAUUUUGUUAUCAGAAUUUGUUAGAUCUUCAGAGCACUUGAUAACUGUUACUGCAGUUUUUAAAUUUAUUUUAAUUGUUUUUAGUGUAUAAACAGUUUUCAAAUCGUGUAUGGUUUCCAAAAUAUCCUAACUCGAAUCAUUGUGCAUAAAACUUUAUAUCAUCCUAAUAAACUUGAAAAUAUUGUAGCAUUUAAACCACCAGAAUAUUCUGAUAGAUUCGUUAAACCAUUUGAGUUCCAUUUAAGCUCCAUUUGAUGAAAUAUGAUGGUCCGCUUAUUUAGAAACUUCAAAUGUCAGACAAAGGAUAGUAAAGCAUUUAAUUAACAUAUUGUUUUCAUGAACAUUGCUGGAAAACCGUACCGUAACUUAUUUGUUGAACACAUCUAAUUAUCUUCUCGGUAAACUAAUUAAUGAUUAUCUAAUUAUAAACCAACUGUUAGUAUCUGUUACGAAACAAUUAAACAUCGUUUGGUUCAUAUUUCUCAAACUAUCGGACAUUAACUGAAUAAUUAUACUUACUAAUUGUAUUGUGUUGUUAAGUUUAGCUAGUGAUUGUGGUUGAAAUAGGAUAUUUUUUGACAAACACUAUUUAAUUAUAAUAAUCAUAAAGGGCAAAUUUAUUAUGAUUUCUGUUUAAGUGCGAAGUAAUAAUUAAUAAUUCAUUCCGUUAUUUAAUAUUAUUUUAAGUAAUUGGAAAUAAUGCAUUUUGCUUAUUGUUAUUAUUACUAGGUUUGUUGAGAUGUAGUUUAAAAUGUAGUUUCAUUUUUAACUACUGAAAAGACAAAAUUCACGAUCUAUGGAAGUUUUUAUUAAGAUCUCAAGUAUAUAUUAUUAUUUUAUCUUUAUAAAAUUCUGGCAGCGUAUAAAUAAAAUGUGAUCACCAGAAAAAGAAAAAAAAUAUUAAUUAAGCAUAGCAAUCUGCCAGUCAAUUACUAAAUCGUUUCCACCGGAUUGUGUUUCUUUUAAGAAUUAUAACUUCGAAAUAAAAAAGGAACUUUAAAUUAACCUAUUACAGUAUUUAUUUAUACCUAAUUAUUUAUUUUAUAAAUAACUAGCGGCCGCCCGCGACUUCGUACGCGUGGAUCCUGUUUUACCCCCUUUUCCCGAAUUUUCUUUGCUAUAAACCUCACGGAGCCCGAGACCUUUCCAACGAAUGCAAAACCGUGGAAAUCGGUUCGUGCGUUCUGGAGUUAUAGCGUCAGGGAGGAAAACCCGACUUAUUUUUAUAUAGUAGAUAAUUUGUGAUUGACAUGUCAUAAAAUCGCUGGCGUAAUUACGAGUAUUAUUUCUUUAUUUGAAUGAAUGAAGUCUCAAGUUUCAAUAAUCCUUUUUUCCAUAAUAAACCAUUAUUGUUGUAAUUUUUACUGUCAUUACUGUGCCAAAAAAGCCUUAUUUUUAUUUGUGGAAAGUGUGCCGCGCUCAUAAUUAAUUUUAUUUUUGUUUUUAGGUGCUAUACCGUAUAUUACAAAUAAAUUCUACUAUGUAUUCAUAAAUCGUGAUAUUAAUUUGUAUGUAAUUGAUCAUCAUAUUUCUUUAACCCUUAAUCGGAUAAAAAACUUUAAAAAAAUUCAUUGUUUUUGGACCUUAAUACAAUAAAAUUUAAUAUACUCUCUUGACUGGUUGAGGGAAAAUACUUAAAAAUAGGUUCAUUUUUUACAUUUGAAUAACAAUAUAAAUGUCCUCGCAGAUAGUCCUCCUAAUUUAGAAAAUAUAACAUUGCUCGCUUUAAAAAAAUAUGUUUUUAUUUAUUCAUAGUUAUGUGUAAUGUGAUAGUCUGAUAGAUAUAGUUUAGAGAUGUUCAUAUCAUUUAAUAUAUUAUGCCAUCUAAUGUUAAUGGAUUUGUUUCGGUAAUUAAAUACAGAACAUGUUAUACUUUAAGUUUUAGUGCUUGCUAUUAUAUUAUCAUUAUCACACUAAGCAAAUUAUAGUAAGUUUCAGUAAAUUCAUAUUAAUAGAGUGUAGCAUUUAAAUGAAAUCACAGUUUUAUUGCUAUGUAAUUUUCUUUAAGUUUUCAGUUAAAAUUAAUAGAAUAUGAACCUUAAUCAAUUGUCACAUGGAGGAUACUGACCGAAACUGUUAUUUUGCGAAAAUUCGUUGCGUGAGCAUGUUCGUACGCAAGAGGUAGGUAUUUCGUUAACUGAUUAGUUUAGUAAGCACACGAAUCCAAACCUUAUGCAGAUAGGCUAUAGGAUCGGGAUUUACAGGUUAACUGUCUGGUAGUAUCCUCCUAUAAGUAUCAUUUAAGAACAUUCAUUCACAUUUAAUUUAUGACAUAUUUUUAACGGACAAUCGACAAUCGAAACAAUUUAGAUUAAUAAACAAUGAAAAAACUGUCAAACCCUCAAAAUGUAUAAAAUCAAAAGUGGUAAGUCAUGUUUUGUGAUAUCUUAGAAUUAUAAUACAUAUUAGUUUGUAUAUGAUUUGUAAGUAUUAUUUCGUAUUGCUGUACUUCAAAAGAGGGAUUAUAAUUGAAGGCUACACACUUGUGAAGUACAGUUGAAAAUUUAAUUAUAGUUACAGUAAAAUGUUAUACACCAGUCAAA